AUGAAGUACAUCCACUCCGAGGAACUUCUCGAGAUCCCCGAGGGGGUCAAGGUCGCUAUCAAAACCAGGAAUGUCGUUGUUGAGGGUCCCCGAGGCAAACUUUCCAAGUCGUUGGGUCACUUGGCUGUCUCCUUCACACACCCCAAGAAGAACCUCAUCAAGAUCGAGCUCCACCACGGUUCGCGCAAGAGCGUCGCCACCCUCCGCACCGUCCGCACUAUCAUCAACAACUUGAUCAUCGGUGUCACCAAGGGCUUCAAGUACAAGAUGCGAUACGUCUACGCCCAUUUCCCCAUCAACGUCAACGUUGAGAAGAACAAGGAGACCGAUUGCUUCGAGGUUGAGAUCCGAAACUUCAUUGGCGAGAAGAUCGUCCGAAGGGUCAACAUGAGGCCCGGUGUCAACGUCGAGGCCUCCAAGAACGUCAAGGACGAGCUCCAGCUCUCUGGAAACAGCCUCGAGGACGUCUCCCAGAGCGCCGCCGACAUCCAGCAGAUCUGCCGUGUUCGCAACAAGGAUAUCCGAAAGUUCUUGGACGGUCUGUACGUUUCGGAGCGGGGUAACAUUGUUGAGGACGCAUAA